AUGGCUACAAAGGAAUCAGAUGCCAAAGCAGAUUCAGCCCUCACCUCAUCAGCCGAUCAGAGCAAACAAGUGUAUAAAAAACCAAACUAUGCUCUCAGAUGCACUCUUGUGGGACAUGUGGAAGCAGUAUCAUCAGUUAAGUUUAGUCCUGAUGGAGAGUGGCUAGCAAGUUCUUCUGCUGACAAAGUAAUUAUAAUUUGGGGAGCCUAUGAUGGAAAAAAAGAGAAAAUACUUCAUGGUCACAGUCUGGAAAUAUCAGAUGUUGACUGGUCAUCAGAUUCCAGUCGUCUUGUUUCUGCCUCAGAUGAUAAAACUCUAAAGAUUUGGGAUGUACGAUCAGGAAAAUGCUUGAAAACGCUGGAGGGGCACAGUAAUUAUGUGUUUUGCUGUAAAUUCAAUCCAUCAUCCAACCUCAUAAUUUCAGGAUCUUUUGAUGAGAGUGUGAAAAUAUGGGAGGUGAAAACAGGCAAGUGCCUCAAGACUUUGUCUGCUCAUUCUGACCCGGUUUCUGCUGUUGAUUUUAGUUGUAAUGGGUCCUUGAUAGCGUCAGGUAGUUAUGAUGGCAUCUGUAGAAUCUGGGAUGCUGCAUCAGGUCAGUGUUUAAAAACACUUGUUGAUGAUGAUAACCCUCCUGUCUCUUUUGUAAAAUUUUCUCCAAAUGGUAAAUACAUUCUCGUUGCAACUUUGGAUAAUACUCUUAAACUAUGGGAUUAUAGCAGAGGCAGAUGCCUGAAGACAUACACUGGUCAUAAAAAUGAGAAAUACUGCAUAUUUGCCAAUUUUUCAGUUACUGGUGGGAAGUGGAUUGUGUCUGGUUCAGAGGAUAACCUAGUUUACAUUUGGAACCUUCAGACUAAAGAGAUUGUACAGAAAUUACAAGGUCAUACUGAUAUUGUAAUCUCAGUAGCUUGUCAUCCUACAGAAAAUAUCAUUGCAUCAGCAGCAUUAGGAAAUGACAAAACAAUUAAACUGUGGAUAAGUAACUACUAA